UCUUUUUGUCACGUGACAGACCUGUUUCCGUAUCAGUGGAUUGACUGCUGAAAUCCUGCAGGCAAGCAAGAAUAGAAACCGAUUCUGACAGCUGCCAGACGACUCCUCAGUCUGUGGUUGAAAUGUUUCCAUCCUCCUGUGACACCUUUGUGGCUCUGCCUCCUUCCUCUGAGGGACAGCGCGUCAUUUUUGGGAAGAACUCGGACAGACCCUGCGAUGAGGUCCAAGAGGUUGUGUAUUUCCCUGCCAGAGACUAUGGUCCAGAGGAGAAGGUUGAGUGCACAUACAUACAGAUCGAGCAGGUUGCCCACACCUAUGCAGUUGUGCUGAGCAAGCCAGCAUGGCUGUGGGGGGCAGAGAUGGGUGCAAAUGAGCAUCAAGUGUGCAUUGGGAAUGAGGCAGUGUGGGGCAGAGAGAGCGCUGAUGGAGAGGAGGCUCUGCUUGGAAUGGACCUUGUCAGACUUGGUCUUGAGCGAGCUGACACGGCUGAGAAAGCUGUUGAUGUCAUCGCUGCGUUGUUGGAGAAGUACGGUCAGGGAGGCUCAUGCAUGGAAGAUCAGAGUGAGUUCACCUACCACAACAGCUUCCUCAUCUCAGACCGAAAGGAAGCGUGGGUACUGGAAACAUCCGGGAAGUACUGGGCAGCAGAGAGAGUGGAAGAGGGAUAUCGGAACAUCUCCAACCAGUAUGGAAUAACAACAAAGAUAAACAAGGAGCAUCCAGGAAUGAGGGAAUACGCUCAGAGCAAAGGAUGGUGGGACGGGAAGUCAGAGUUCAACUUUGCCACGGUCUACUCCUUUCUGACGACAGCCAGAAUAGAGUCUGCUGGGACUCGGUACUGCGAGGGGAAGAGCUUGUUGGAAAAGAGAAACGGCCACAUUACUGCAGAGGCAAUGAUGGAUAUCCUGCGAGAUAAAGACAGUGGCAUCAACAUGGAGGGCCUGUUCAUGACAACAGGAAGCAUGGUGUCUGUGGUACCCACGACUUCGGCUCUGCCAGGAGUUCACUACUUUACAGGAACUCCAGAUCCAGAGAGGUCUGUUUUCAAACCAUUCGUGUUUGUGAAAAACGCACGUGAAUUGAAGGAGACGUCCUCCCCCAGCUUUGGUCCAGAUGAUCCCGUGAAGAAGAAACCUCGCUUCCAGAGCAAACCGGACCGCAAACAUCCAUUGUUUGUGAAGCACGAGGUUACGGCCGCCAUCAUUGAAUCUUACAAGGAAAAAGGACAGAAAAUCACAGAAAAUCUGAGGCAGCUUGAGAAAGAGACAAUGAAAAAGAUGGAGAAUAUUCUCGCAGUGGGUGUGCAACAACCUGAUGACUAUGUGAACCUGUUCUCUGAGUGUGUCCAGGAAGAGCUGAGUGUUUACGGCAAAACUUAAAGAGCUGUGUGAGAUU